AUGGCCCCCGCCAAUGAAGUGGUAGCCGACUACGGCUAUCAAACCCCUGACGAGAACAACCGACCUUCGUAUUUCGCUCAAGACAACGACACUCCGUCCACUUCAUUUCAAACGCCAAAGUCCCCCCUCAGACGACCUCCUUUCGGUCCCCAGUCGUCUCAUGGACUUGUCCUGGAAUCGGGGCAUGGGGCGCUUCCCUCUGUCGAAGGGCGGGCAGAGUCGAACGAGUCCAAGCCCGAUAACGCGAAAGCUAGCAAAGAGAAUCGUUCCAGCUUCCAGAAGACAAUGGUGAGCAGCGAACGCCAGACGCCGCUUCAUCAAGAUGCUGAUAUGCCACAGGCCACUGGAGGAAUGGCAAACGUGAUACACUCUCUCCCAUACCAAGCUGCUUGGCUUAACGGCAUAGCCAUUGCUUUUUUCUUACUCAAUGUCAUUCUCUUCAUCAUGAAUUGUGUGCUCGCUGGUUUUCGCUUCAAAUUGCGACCAGGAACGCUCACGCACUCUUUCACCGACCAAACAGAGUCCUUGUUUAUUCCUUCAUCCGUUGUCUCAUUGGCCAUCAUAUCGAUCAACAUAUGCCAAUUCGGCGUCCCAAAUGUUGGUCCAUGGCUCCUUCGAGUCAUGCAAAUUCUGUUUUGGUUCUAUAUAGCCUUGAGCGUGAUAGCUAGCUCGACCAUCUACAUGGUUCUCUGGUCGACACUAGCUUUCCCCAUUCACACCAUGACACCAACAUGGGUCUUCCCAGCCUAUCCUCUGCUUCUCACAGCACCUUUCGCGAGCACACUCAUCCAAGCCGCAACUCAGACGAAUCAGCAUGCUGUCACUCUUAACACUACCGCAAUAGCCCUUUGUGCCGUUGCCACUCAGGGAGCAGGGUGUCUGAUUGCGUUCAUGAUCUCGGCUGCGUUCAUAUAUCGGUUGAUGACACAGAAGCUUCCCAGGGAUUUCCAACGUCCUGGUGUGUUCAUUUCUAUCGGACCGUUUGCGUUUACAGUGGGAGGACUAGUGCAACUCGGCAACCAAGCAGAUACUAUUCUACCCAGCAACUUCCUGGGCGUUGAUAUUGCCGUUCCUAUCAUCAAGGUCAUGUCGGUCAUGAUUGGUCUGUGGCUAUGGGGACUAUCAAUGUGGUUCUUCAUUGUCUCUGUCGGGUCUCUUUGGAAAUAUGUGCGACCAGAAAGCAAGAUGCCUUUCCAGAUGACGUGGUGGUCAUUUGUUUUCCCGAAUACGGCGUUGGUGACUUCUACCACCGCCCUCGGCAAGGUCUUCCAGAACAACGGACUGCAGAUCUUCGGAUGUGCCAUGGCCGCUUGUCUUCUAGUUAUGUCGUGGGAUUCCAAGUCGGCAUCACACCGACGUCAAAGCAGUAAUGCCGGCGCCCCCAAGAACCUUCCCAUUCACACCCGUCAAGAGUCCAGGCCAACAACCACCGAGCCGAAGUCGAGCCACGUAACGGACGAUUUUCUACAGGACUUUUUGGACCCUUCGUUCGACCCUGCCGCUUAUUUGAACGCCACUCUCUCGCCUCUUCAGAAUGGGAGCAGUCAAUCGUCACGAAGCGGUGGCCAGGCCAUCCCGCUGGCGGAACUGUCCAAUGAGGCGCAGACGCUGCUGUCUCAGCUGAACAUUCAUACGACGAGGCUUUCGGGCACGCUCACCCAGCUGACGGACGACAUUCUAAGAAGCGGCAGUCGACUUGCCUAUGAGGUCGAGCUUCUGCGAGGCGAGACAUUGAGUCUUGCAGAGACCAUGAAUGAGACCUUGCAGGAGGACAUCAAGAAGUUCGUGCCUGGCGGCCUUGGAGAGUGUCCUGCACAGGGUGCUACGGACGAGACAGGCCUCAAGGCUACGGAUGGAGAGGAAAGGAGAGGAUCUGCCGGGGUCAUUAAGGCAGACGAGAACACGUUUACGGAGCGAGAGACGCCUUCAGAGCCACCGUACAUUCACCAGCUGCGGACCUUGACGGUCGUUCGCUCCCGCCUUGACACCGUCAUCAAGACUUUUGGUGACGCCAUGGAGUUCGUCUUCCCACCGUCAGAGCUCUCGGUUAGCUCAUCCUUCCUGUCCGUCUCGGCGCCGGAUCCCGGGGCGGAGCAGCAUAGUACGGAGGAGAAGGGACAGCAGGUCCUCCAGCAGCUGCGGGACGAGAUCUCACAGCUGCUGACCAAGUCGGAGGACCCGGUCAAGGGGAUCGAGGAGGCGGCGCAGCGUAUCGAAGAGCUCAAGGAGCUGAACAAGGUGUGGAAAGGAACGGCGGAGGAGAAAGGAAGGACAAGAUUCAUCGAGAGUCUGGCCAAAAUGGUCGAAGACCGGCACAGGGAUCUCAUGAGGGAGGCUGACAAGGCGAGUAGGACCGAUGGACGGGCGAGGAAGGGGAGUAUCCAUGCCGACGCGGCGGAGAACAAGACGUAUCUUGGAGGCUAUGGCUUAAUGAGCCAGCUCCAGAAGCUCAGAAAUGGAUUGUAG